UUCGUAAAUUCAGAAACUUGUGAUUUGAGUUACGUAUGAAGGAGCAGAGGAGAGAAGACAAGCAGGACAGACAACAAUGGAGGUCUCACUGGUUUUGCUUCCCGCCAUAUUGCUAUCUCUUUGCUGUCCCUCCGAUUCGAAGGUUCUGAUUUCUCAGAUCGGAAAUCAAACGUCAUGUGGAAACCACCGUUUGACCUGCGAUUUGGAAGAGGCGAAGCUCAAGAUCACUCGAUUAGAAUCCAUCCUUGGAGAAACUAUCCAAGACUUAAAUGCUAAAAGUCUCCGUCUCAAAGAAACUGAGAGGCUAAUUGAGGAGAUGAGCCAUGAGAUUGAUCAUCUGCAAUCUGCCUUGUUCACUUUAAAGGGUGACUAUUCAUAUGCGGAUGAAAGGCUUAAUCUGCUACAAGAAGAGGUGCGACGGCUUUGGGCUGCUUCCAGAAAGAACAACUUUGAGCUUCAUAAUUUAGAGUUAAAAGCACAAGAUGCUGAGAACAGAUUGGAAAUGGUGACUUCAAAAGUUGAAAAGAUGGCUGACAUUGUAACUGAACAGUGGAUUCAAAUUCAGCACCUUGAGCAGGCUCUUCAAAUCUCAAAAAUGAGAUCAUGGAAGGUUAGAAGACAAGUAAGCUCCGGAAGAUGCAUGUUCUUGAAGUUCAUUAAAACCCCUUUUGGAAAUCUUUAUCAAAAGUUAAGAGAGAUGCUGGAUCCAUUUUUAUUUGACAAAGGAUCUGCUUUUGGAUCCUACUUGUGUCAAGGUUUUCAUCACUUACCAAGAAUCUUGUCAGCAGCAAAGAAGUAUCAUCACGAGUUGCAAGGUAUUGUUAAGCAGGAAAUGGGAAAAAAUGAAUUUACUGCAGCUUUUGCUAACAAGGAAGUCGUAUUUUUUGUGGUUUCUGCUCUGAUUACCUUUCCAAUAAUUGGUGCUUGGAUGUUACUCUCUUCACUAUUCGGCUAGCUGGGGAUAAUCUUUCAUGGCGAAGGUGCAGCUUUUGGCCUCGGUAAUUGUUGGACAUAAAAUGACUGACACGUAUAGGAUAACCUUACAUCAGCUCCAUAAUUAGAGUUAAAUUGGCAUAUCAUCUUGUAUAUAAGUUUAAUAAACAUCUAAACAUGUACGUUUAUCUUCAUUUGUAAUGCUUAUAACCAUACCCACUGAUCCAUAUUCAAUUUUGCAAUUAACUUGCAAUCAUUACAAUUUGUAUUAAAAGUACAUCCAAUACAAUGCAUCUAUGAGUAAAUUCUGUACUAUUUUUCCUUUCA